AUGUCUGACCCCAUCCUCACUGAUCCCUGGCGCGUCAUCCGCGACCUCUACACCGCCUGCGACCCCGCGACCACUGAAAAAUUCCCGAAGUUUGUCACAGAGCACUUCAAAUCUCAUCUACAGGCUCCCGAUGUCUUCGCUCAAGUGCCCGUCCUCGACCUCAAGCAUCCCCCAGAAUCCUUCUCGGAUGGCUCGGUUGUCGUUUUUCACGCGAUGAUUCAAGACACAUCCAUUUCUCCGGAGCUAUAUCUCGCGUUUAGCGAGAACGGGGUGGGAGGCGGGUGGGGGCUACCAGACGGAGGCACUAAUCAGACCGGCGAUGUUCGAACCUCGGAUCUCCGCGAGUGCAGCGUGUUUUGGGCAGUGACUAUUCCAGGGUUGAGUGCAUGGUGUUUUGAAGGCAAUCCUCUCUCAGAAACCUCGGUCGCUCAUUGCUGCAUGCGACCCCAUAAGUACCCCGUGCCUGACGCGCCGCACAUCGGCGUACAGCUCAAGGCAAUAUCUACAUCUCAUGGGCAGAUAUACGAUGAAACGCUAGCGCGCCCUCUCCGGACGACUGACUUAUCAUCCUUCGUUGGAAUAUUGACGUCUGAGCCCGUUCAGGCUAGCUUGGAACAACCGACCCCAUCCAACGUUGUUACACUCCACGUCCUGUUUUCAAUAACGAUUCCGAGCUCGGUUAUUCCUAGACUUUUCCCAGACUCUAGCCUGAUUCCAACUAUUAAAUCCUUGCGGGAAGAAAUCAUUCAGUGGAUUGCAGAUGAAGGUCUCGCUGGAGACCGUUACGCGGCGGAAUGGGUCCUGUUAUGUGCCGUUGCGAGAGUUCGAUCGCGUACCCCACCUGUUCUACCCCUCUCAUUUACACUUGCAGGCUUUCCCCCUCCUCUUGGGGAUUCAAGCACAACGCCAACACUACAUCAUGUAUUAUCGCAACUAUUUCCUCUCGUCACAACCGUGCCUCUUUCCUUGAACAAUUUAAAUAAUACGUCGUCAUGUCCAGAAUCCAAGGAUGAAGACUUGCACAGUGGUUGGCUUCAGCAUCCUAAAGGAUCUAUUCUGCUUUUGACCGAAAGUGCUGUAACAGAAGGAGGGAUUUUCAACAAAGGCGUCAUGAACAUACACUCAGUGCAGGAGAUGAUGAGGGAUCAAAUACUGGAUUACAUCUUUCCUUUCAGCAGCUUCCGAUUUGACACAGAUUGCAGUUUCGUGAUAGUCACUGAAGGGAAGAAAAGCACAUUCUUCAAGGCAUGUAUCCAGACGAACAUCAAUGUCUUGCUGCGGCCUGUCCUGCCAGUGGACCGGGCGAGACAAGCACUCUACAAAUCUUCUGAUUUGAUUAGCUUGCCACCACCAGAUAAAUUGUCCCAGUUCCGUCGCCUUGUUGGUGGGUCGAAGAUUGGCCAGGUCACUAUUGGAGAGUCUACGGGCAAACAUAUCGAAGAGGAUUUUCUCCAAGAACGAUCCACAGCUACGAAGGGGGCCAAAGGCCAAGGUUUCACUCCUGACGACCUCGUUCAGCGCGUGCUUGUCGCAAGGCAAGUCUGA